AUGUCUGAUUGGCCCGCACGCAACGCUGAGAUGCAGGGCACCGCAGAACAAGCCAAACCCGCCACCAAGCGCGUCAAGCACGUCGCCGCCCCAGACGAGCCCCUGGUCUCACCCAAACUCGAGCCUGAGCGGGCGUCCAGUCCCACCUUUCAGCGCCGCCCGCGCCGCAAGCGACGCGCAACACCCGCCUUGGCACCGACUGAAAAACACACACCCGUGCCCGCAAACGCCACUGCGCCGCCAAAUACAGCAGUCCUAGACGCACCGCCGGCGGAGCCGCGGCCCAGCACCCGCCCCGAUUCAACCCGGCACCGCAGUAGUAUCAGCAAUGGCUGCGUGGAAGGUGUCAAUGAUGGCGACGACCUCUCAAGUGACGAUGACAUUGAGAACAUGACUCCCACAUCGCCGUACGCCAACCGCUCCUCCUCACCCUGGAGCGGCAACUCCAAAAGCCCAGACGGAACUCAUUCGGGGUUGGUUGCAACGCCCGGGCCUGAUCUUGUGCCCAUGGUCAACCCGUCGCCCGCCCACGCGCUUCUCGUCGCCGGACCGAUUCCAGCUUCUGCGCGGAAAACUCAUCACAUCGAAGCCGUCACCCCGCACCACGCUCCUUAUCGCCCUGCAAAAUCUCGCACAAGCACCAUUUCCACCCCCCUUCAUCGCCCCCCCCGCGGCGCUCCUGUUCAAGAUGCCCCCCCUUGGUGGUCCACCUGGUCAAAUCCUCGGGCUCCUCGCGCCCCCAGGGAGGCGGAUACCAUCGAGUCGGAUGACGAUUUCGAGGAGAAUUCAGCAAUGACCUCAACUUUGAUUACUGCUACCCAUUUCGUCACCCCCAACGCCGGCCACAGCCGUGCCCCGGCCCGGACUGACUUGCGCGUACGCAGCACAUUGCUCAUGCACCUCCUUCGACUCGCCAUCAUGUUUGUUGUUGAUUACAGUCGGGCGCCCGUGCCAAGCUCGGAGCAUGGUCGCAAGAACCGUCGUCUUCAGCGAGGCGGUCUAGCUGAACAAUGUACUCAGCUCAUGGCCUACCUUGCGGCCGAAACCAACCUCUACCUUCACCUCCUCCGCCAGCAAGAAUUGCCGGACGAGCGCUAUCUUUGCCUACAACUGGAGGCGGUGCAAACCCGCUGUGGUGUCCUCUCAGCGCAUGCUCGGGUGCUGUCAGGGCACCCUGACAGUGAAGUUUCAGUCGUCUUUGCCCACGGUGACCCCCGCGCUGCUGCCUUGACUUGCGCCUGCUUCUCACAAGCCCAAAUGCGCAGCGCGGGCGAUCACGUGCGUGUAGACCCUCCAUGGACAGAAGCAGUGCUUGACCAUGAGCCGCUGUCCAUUGUGAUGGGGCCCCAGUUCUGGCACAAGACAACGACCCCAUCCGAUGAAGACCUAAGUGACGAGGCUAUCCUUUUGGCCAGCGAGCUCAACGUGUCGCGAGAGAAGCUGGGGUAUGAACCUCAAGACAACCAGCCCGGCCAGCAGGACUCUACUACCUCGCCCGCCACCCUGCGCGCUGUACGUCAUCGACACAAUUCCUGCAUCCCAAUUGCUUCGUCUUGCCCCGCACCUUGUGAGCACAUCGACUGGCAUGCUUUCACAAUCGUUCUCAUCGCCGUCGUCGCGUGCCCCACCUGCCCGACCAUGGCAGCUCAAGGUCAUUGCCUCAGCUCGGCACACGCCCAACAAACAACCAUUGGUCCGGCACGUGGCGGGUGA